CACAGACAAAAGAAAAAACAGACACUAAAACUUGUGUGCGUCUCAAACUCCCAAACAUCCGUUUUUUCUUCUUAUUCUUCUUAGUCACUUUGUCUUUGUCUCUCUUCUCACAUACAAGUGACACAACAUUAUACAUACACACACAUAUAUAUGGAUCAAGGAGGUCGUAGCGGUGGCGGAGGAGGAGGAGCCGAGCAAGGGAAGUUCCGCGGAGUAAGGAGACGUCCUUGGGGAAAAUACGCAGCAGAAAUAAGAGAUUCGAGGAAGCACGGAGAGCGUGUGUGGCUAGGGACAUUCGACACCGCAGAAGACGCAGCUCGAGCCUAUGACCGAGCAGCCUAUUCAAUGAGAGGCCAAGCCGCUAUUCUCAACUUCCCUCAUGAGUAUAAUAUGGGAACCGGAUCCUCCUCCACCGCGGCUAACUCUUCUUCUUCGUCUAGGCAAGUUUUUGAGUUUGAGUACUUGGACGAUAGUGUUUUGGAUGAACUUCUUGAAUAUGGGGAGAACUAUAAUAAGACUCAUAAUGUCAACAUGGGUAAGAGGCAAUAAAUGGGACUACAAUCGUUAUAGAUUGAAGGUUAUGUGACAAACCAUUUUCAUUUAUAACAAAAAAAAGUCAAAUCCCAAGCGUAAGAAGCUGUUUUCAGUUAUUGGCAAAUAAAUUGUACUUGUUUCUAUAACAAAUAAGAUCCUGUAAGCGGGGU